UUUCUGUAUUCGGCACCACACAAAAGGGAAAUUCCUAAAUCCAACAGGCUUUGCUUCCCGCCUCCGCCGUAGCUCUCCGGCUGCCGCUUCUUCUCCGAUUCUGUGCAGCCGCUGGCUAUGGCCAUUGCCUAUGCUAACACCGAUUCCAUGGCAGCUUUUCUCAUCAAGGAUCAUCAUCAUCAUCAUCACCAGCAUUCUUCUCUCUCCUUCUUCUUCAGCUACCUGCUCUUUUUCCUUCUGUUUUCAUCUCCUCCCACCGCUUACGCAUUUACUGGAGAUGUAGCCGAAGAUUCAAAGAACAGAAGGGAUGAUUUGUUUGUGGAAAUUCUUAAAGACGAAGCAGUAGGAAGAUUGAACGAGCUAGGGAAGGUAAGUGAUGCUGCUCGCUAUCUUGAGAGGACGUUCUUGAGUCCAGCUUCUAUCAAAGCAAGAUUUCUUCUUAAAAAAUGGAUGGAGGAUUCUGGAUUAAGAACGUGGGUGGACUGUAUGGGAAAUCUACAUGGUCGAGCUGAGGGAAGGAAUGCAAGUGCUGAAGCUUUGCUGAUUGGUUCUCACUUGGAUACUGUUGUUGAUGCUGGAAAAUUUGAUGGCGCAUUAGGCAUCAUAUCUGCUAUCUCUGCUUUGAAAGUUUUCUAUAUGAGUGGGAAGUUAGAAGAAUUAAAGAGGCCAAUUGAGGUGAUUGCCUUCAGUGAUGAAGAGGGUGUGAGGUUUCAAUCAACCUUCUUGGGAAGUGCUGCUAUUGCUGGUAUUUUACCAGUUUCGUCUUUGGAAAUAUCAGAUAAAAGUGGUAUGUCAAUAAAAGAUGUUAUUACGGAGAGUGGAGUGGAGAUAACAGAGGAGAACUUGUUGCAACUCAAGUAUGACCGCAAGUCUGUAUGGGGAUAUGUUGAGGUUCAUAUCGAACAAGGACCUGUACUUGAAUGGACUGGUUUUCCUCUUGGAGUGGUUAGGGGCAUUGCUGGGCAGUCACGACUAAAGGUUACAGUGAGAGGUUCUCAGGGGCAUGCAGGAACAGUUCCAAUGCCUUUGCGCCAGGAUCCCAUGGCAGCUUCAGCUGAAUUGAUUGUACAAUUGGAAAAGCUCUGUAAGCAACCAGAGAGCUACUUAUCUUUUGAUGGUCAUUGCAGUGAUUUUACCUUGAAGUCACUUUCCACAUCUCUUGUCUGUACGGUUGGAGAGAUAUCAACAUGGCCCAGUGCAAGUAAUGUCAUUCCUGGCCAGGUGACCUUCACUGUGGAUUUACGUACCAUCGAUGACAUAGGACGAGAAGCUGUAAUUUAUGAAUUCUCUAAUCAGGUACAUAAAAUUUGCAGUAGCCGAUCCGUUUCGUGCAAUAUUGAACGUAAGCAUGAUGCAAAUGCUGUAAUCAGUGAUUCGGAGCUGAGCUCGCAGCUGAAAUCUGCAGCUUCUGCGGCCCUCAAAAAAAUGGUAGGCGACAUUCAAGAGGAAGUACCUAUAUUAAUGAGUGGAGCAGGGCAUGAUGCAAUGGCUAUGUCUUAUUUGACAAAGGUGGGAAUGUUGUUUGUCCGAUGUCGUGGAGGCGUAAGUCACUCUCCUGCCGAGCAUGUAUUGGAUGACGACAUUUGGGCUGCAGGUUUAGCAGUCUUGGAAUUUCUAGAAAACCAUCUGUAAUUUUAUAACCUCUGUUCCCUGUACGCAAAACUAGUAACCUAGUAUAAAUGCAACAUGAUAAUUCAAUUGUACAAUCCAUCUUUGUUCA